UGCAUACCAGUCCUAGGUCAUAUCCAUUUUUUGCUUGUAUGCUUCAAGAAUUUCCUCCCAGGACAUAAACUGAAACUUGAUUUUCAAUUUCCAGCGGUUGAUUUCUUCAACCAGGUUAAUCUGCUCUACGGAACCCUCACAGAGUUCUGUACUCCAGAAAACUGUCCAACAAUGUCUGCUGGUCCCAAGUACGAGUACAGAUGGGCAGACGGUGUACAAAUCAAGAAACCUAUCGAGGUUUCAGCUCCUAAAUAUGUCGAGUAUUUGAUGGACUGGAUCGAAACCCAGUUGGACGAUGAAUUGAUAUUUCCUCAAAAGCUUGGCACGCCGUUUCCUUCCAACUUCAGGGACGUUGUGAAGACUAUAUUCAAACGCCUGUUUCGUGUAUAUGCACACAUAUAUCACUCUCAUUUUCAGAAGAUUGUGAGUCUAAAGGAGGAGGCUCAUCUAAAUACCUGCUUCAAGCAUUUUAUAUUGUUCACCUGUGAGUUUGGGCUGAUUGACAAGAAGGAGCUGGCUCCACUUCAAGAGCUCAUAGAAUCCAUUGUUCCUUACUGAAAGUGCCUUGUAUUUUCCUGUCUGAACUGACAUUAUCUAGGCACAAAUGAGAUGAUGUAAUGCUAUAAUUGUGUGCACACAGUUCCUGGAGUAAACUCAAGGUUUUGCAUAUACUUUCAGUAAUAUAUUUUAGCAGAUUGCCUUGGCAAGACUUUUUUUGUUAGAAUUCUUGCACAUAUUGUUCGUUCUUGGAAGUUCUAAGAGAAGUCGAUAUCUA